ACCAUGCGUGUAUUGCAUUUGCUUGACGGUGUGGUUUGUAUAACUUGUGUUUUAUAUGUGAGGAUUGAUUGUUGUUUGUUGAAUUUGAACAGAUCUAACACUAUUCUUUUUUCUAAACUUUUUUGUGAUUAUGUCUUAUGUGGAUACCAUACUCUUUUUUGUAUUAUUGUUGUCCAGUCACUGGAAUAACGCUUUUCUAAGUAUUUAAGGUACAACCAUGUAGAUCUAGACAUGAUGCUGAUGGGUUGGCUUUGCAUACAAUGCAGUAUGGACCAACAAAAUGGUCUCAUUGCAAGGUGGACAUAUAGGCAAGAAAUGUCAAGAGAGAGAGAAGCUUGGACUAUUGAGGAGGAAUCUGCACUGAUUAAUGCCCAUCGGGUAUAUGGGAAUAGAUGGGCAGAAAUAGCAGAAGUUCUUCCUAGAAGGAAUCGGGUACUUCUAUUUGUUCUUAGGUUCUUCUCACCUAUAGCUAAAGUCAAAGACGACAAAACCAAGUGGAUUAUUGUUGUUACAAGAUACACAAAAUCAUCGGUCAUCUAAAUCUUUUUUUCUAAUAUGACUGUUGGUGCUGCUCAUGAGGCUAGCAGCCACCGGCUUGGAAGCGAUGAGAGGCAAUCACUGUUGUCAACUUGAAAUGUAUAAUUUU